AGAAGACAACCAGCAACUACGAGCAGAAUACUUGGCACGCCAACCGCAACCGCAACCGCGACACCGAUACUCUCGCACCGUACGGUACCUCCGAUCCCCGACGCAAUCCGCAGAGGGGCGCGGUGAAUUCCAUUCCAUUCCCGGCCAGGACAGGACAGGACGGGACGGAGAGCAGCCGAGCGAUCUGUAUCCACCACCAGUGCGACGGCAGCAAGUGCAGCGACGAAAAGGAUGGUGAGCCGAACCCCGAGGCACUCGUCCCAGCCACGACCCACGAUGCCGCACAAGGCGGCUUCCAGCGAUGCCUGGGACCGCGCCAACGCCGUCCUCAGCGCAAACGGCGGGGGACACCUGCAGCGGCGAUCGCAGUCUACCGUCAGAUACCAAUCGAACGGCCGGAGCGCCGGUCUUUCCGGCACCAGGCCGGGGAGCACCCGGCACCUCCAGUCCCAGCCGAGGAGCAAUCUGCGUCCCAGGGCGAUCAGUGCCAACCGGCUCCGGCAGGACCCAACCGGGACCAAUUCCGGCCACAACAACGCCAACAACGGCGGCAACAACAGCGGCAACCACGACGAUCCCUCGUCCGUGGCGCGGCAGAUCCUCGAUCUCCGGGAGCGACGAGAAACGAACACACGCAACAAGCGACCGCAGAUGAAUCGACCCCCUUCCGCGAUACCAUCCCACAUCACUGCCCUCGUGCCCCAGAAGAGCGGGGGGACUUCCCCAACCGCUGGUGGGCUCGGGCUCAAGCCCGUGGGAUCCAUGUUGUCGCAGGAGGAAAUCCAGGCGGAAGAGCGUCUCCGCCAGGCGGAAACCAAAAUCGGUGGAAUGCUGCAGGACUUGGAAGAGCUCAAGUUCUUCCAGGAAAUCGAGAUGGAGACUCCCGGUCCGUCCACCCCGAGGACACCCGGCAGAAACCUGAAGGCAAACGGGCCCCCGACAUCGAUACGUGCGUCGUCGCCGGCGAGGGCGGGGGGAAGACUUCCUCCACCGCCUCCCGCGAACAAAAACACGAAAGGAGGGGGCUUGGAAACCUACAAGCCAUUGUCGCCUCGGAGCAUUGCCAGGCUGGACAGAAACUCCCUGGAGCUGGAAUGCCAAACCAUCGUUCGAAAACUACAGAUUCUCGAACAGGAACGCUUUUCCCACCAGGCAACGAUCGAAAUGUACGAAAUAACUCUCCAGGAGCACGACAACGACAAGACGAAAAUACAACGGCUCGAAACCGAACUCAAAAAAGUUUCCACGGAACUCAGGAAGCAACUCUACAACAUCCAAAAGGGAAAGGAAUCCCUCGUGAAGGAAUACGAAGAAAAACUGCAGACCAACCUCAAGAAACUCCACCGAACCCAAGAAAAGGCGGAUGCGUAUCAUGCGGAUUUGAACGCAGCCAGGAACUCUACCCAAAAACUAGAGAUUGACGUCGAAAAAUAUCGGGCAAUGGCGGCAAAGGAGAAGGAACAGGUCGAUACACUCUUGAGCAACGAGGAAACCCUGCAACUGCAACUCACGGAGGCUCGAAACCUGAACGCAACCCUCGUGAAGAAAGUGGAGAAAAAACGAUCCGAGGUGUCGGGUCUCAAAGAAGACCUCAGCAAUUCCACAAAACUCAUGGAAGAAAGCAACCGGGAUUUGGAGGAUGCCCACGCAUCUCAGAUCACGCUUUUAGAGCAACAGCUCAACAUGUCGAAAGAUCGGUACACACGCCUAGAACAAGAAUGCACGGAAAGGAAUGCUUCGCUCGUGGAAAAAGAGAACGAGCUGAACGAGGCCAAAAUCCAGCAUUCCGAAUACGAGCACAAGAUCAACGACAUGAUGGUAGAAAUGGAAACGCUUCGCAGAGCGGAAAACGAGGCACAAACGACACGGAUGGAUUACGAAAACAAGAUCGUUGAUAUGUCGGCGGAAAUGGAAGCCCUUCGCGUAGAGGCAGACGCUAGAUUCGAGGAAGGGAAAAAAGCGACCAGGAACCAAGAAAAACGCACGGCUCAAAAGCUUGUGGCGGAGCGUGCCAAAGCCUCUAGAGAAUACGAGCACAGGCUGAAAGCAAUGCAAGAACAAUUAAGACACCAGACCGAUCGCCAUCACAAAGAAAUCGAAGAGACAAGGAUUCGCAACCAAAAGAAUCUCGAGUCCAUGAAAGAGGAACUACGCGAAGAAAUCAGAAUGACGGAAGGUGACAAGGUCAGCCGGCUCGAAGCGGAACUAGCAUCGCUCAAACGCACUUCCGAAGAGGAGAAGAUGAGCUUGUCCACAAGACUGCAGGAUGCUCAGCAAAAAUCACGGGAUGCGGCCGAGGAUUUCCAGCGCCAAGACCAGACCAGACAACAAGAACUGGACCACUUGCACAGUCGUCUGAACUCAUACUUUAAUGAGUUCACAGAGAAAGACAACCAGAUCUCGAGGCUGAAGGAGCGAUUGGAGGAGAGCAAGAGGACGCACGAUGACAUGGAAGAGGUGCAAAAGGACCAAGCAGAAGAGCUGAAAAAGAACGCAACUCUGCUCGAAACAGAACAGACCAAAUUAAUGGAAACGGAAAGGAAGCUGAAGGACGAAAUUGCUACCAUGCAAUCUGCACAUUCGAAGCUCGAGAACGAAAUGGUUACCGACAUCGAAGAUCUGCGCGACCAGGUCGAAAAGGGUCGAAGAAAAUUGAAAGCCGCAGAGGAAGAGGUCGAAACGACCAACCUAAAUCUGAAACAAGCCCAGUCGGAACUCGAGAAACUACGAGAUGACCUCAAAUCGGAGCGUUAUCGGGCGGAAGGAUUUGAAUCGGAGAGUGGCAAACUCAAGCGAGCUCUGUCUGACAUGAGUAAGCUCGAAGAUGAUGUUUACGAUUUGAAACGUUCCCUGUCUCUCGCUGAGAACGAUAAGAAAAAGGCGCAGGACGAUUACUUUGAAAUGAAGUCUGCCUACGAAUCAUCGAGAUCGAAGGUUCUCGAACUCGAGCAAAAGUAUUCACUUUCGGAGGAGGAUUUCACCUCACGAUUGGAAACGAAGGAAAAACUACUGGAACGCCUCGAGAAGACAGUCAAAAACCUAGAAUUUGAUCUGGACAGAGAACACGGCGAGAGCAGCAAUUUGAGACGAUCGAUCAAGGAACUCAAGUCCGGAAUCGAGCGCAACGAAUCGGAUCUCAGGAUUUUGAGAGCAGAUAACGAACAACUGAGAGAAGAGAACGAGAACACGAUGAAGGGAAUCAGUAGAGACAUUGGCAAAAAAGACGACCAUUUGCGAGAAGCCGUACAAAGAUAUACCCGAACGAUAGCGGAACUCGAGACCAAGCUUGAAGAGGAAACCCAGACAAGAGUGGAACUGGAAGACCGCCUUGCUAGUGCUAGAGACGAAUUGGAAGACAAGCAGCAGGAAACGCAACAAAUCGUUCAACGACACACAAAGACCGCAGCGACGCUCGAAAAUAAAUUCGGCAGCGCUUACAAAGAAAGAGAUCAGGUCAAAAAUGAGCUGGAACAAGCCAAGAAGGACUUGCUGAAGAAAGAGGUUGAACUCAGAGAGGCCUUGAGUAAGUACAGAGCAGACAUCACCGCGCUUAAGAGUGUGAAGCAGGAACACAACGAAUAUCGUGAUUUGUCCCAAUCAACGCGUGAAGAGUUGCAGCGAAAAGAAGAUCAAAUCAUCGACAUGGAGCAAGCGAUCAUUGAUCUCCGAAGCAAUCUCGAACUUCAGUCGACCGAAAACAAGGAUAUGAAGAUUUCUCUUGAACGGAAAGAGACAGAGCUGAAGCAGAGAAAAGAUCAGAUCAACGAACUUGUUACGAAGUACACCGACAAAAUUGCGGUUCUGGAGGCCAAGCUUGACGAGCAUUCUGCUGCGAUGACGAGUACCGGAGGUAAGGUAGAAACAGUCCAGGCUCAAGCAGACAGAAAGGAUGACAAGAUCCGAGAAUUGUUGAAGUCAACAGCCGAGAUGGAGGCCAAAUUAGAAGCUGCUACUAGAAGCAAAGAGAAUGCGAGACUCAAAGCCGAAUCGCUUUCCAAGGAACUCGACGAGAAGGAAUCGAAGCUUCGUAGCUUCGAAGUUGAGAGAAUUGAACUUGAGACAAAGCUUCAUACUCAAUCCCGUUCKAAGGAUGAAGCCAGAUCCAAAAUGUCGGAGUUGUCAUCCAGGCUUGAACGUAAGGAACGCGAACUUAGACAAGUGUCCGAUAGGUAUAAGAUCUAUGUGAUGGAACUCGAAUCGAAGCUUGAUCAGGGCACUGAUACGAAACACCAUCUUCAAUUGGAAAUUGACCAGUUGAGAAACAACCUUGAUUCUGCUAGUUCGGUGUCAUCCGAGGCAUUGGAACUAAGGCAGAAAGUCAAUGCCCUUGAGGCGACGGUUGCAAACUCCAGGGAAUCGAUCGAAUCUCUCGAACAAAAACUCGAGGAAGCUUCCGCGUCAAGGAAAGAAAUUUCGACAUCAUUGAAAAAGGCGAACUCUGAAAAAGCAGAAGUUAUUGCUGCGCUUGAAGGUGUAAUUAAUGAAGUUCAGAACCGCGAGGAUGAAAUCGAAUCUCUCUCAGAACUUCUGCAGAGAAGGGACGAAGAGCUUCAACAUGCCAAAAUUAUUGCCACAAAAGCAUUGGCAUCAGCGAAGGAUAUCCAAAAGCGCUACAAACACAAAGACGCAAACGAGCAUUCUGGUAUUAUGGGAAGAAUGGACGAAGUCAAUGAGGACAUUGAUCGUCUGAGGACCGAGAACGAAACACAACAACGCAAGAUUUUUUCACUCGAAAGGGAUUUGAAGGACAAAAAAUUGGAAUGCAAGCGCCUCAAAGAUCAACUGCGACAAUUCGAUGGGAGGCAAAUGAGAGAAAAUGUCAAAGAUGACAUAUCUGCUGUCUCCACGCAGUCAACAGAAUUUACAAACUUUUCCAAUCCCCCAAACUCAGAGAUGGCUGUUGAAGGCCAGUUGCAGUUGUCUUCACAAAUGUCCAUGGACUCGGGAUCUUUUUCACCCUCGAACAGGGUGCAGAACACUAGUUCGAGAAGUGACGAUGGAUUCUCUGGGCACGCCGAUUUUGCCUCUGUUGAGGAACACUUUUCGAAGGAUUCAUUCGACAGUCAAGUUGGUGACACAGAAUGGCAAGAUUUCGAUGACGGAAACGGGUCUGGAUUUGAUUCUACAGCUAGCGAUCAGCAAUCAGCAGUGAAAGCAAAAGUCGAGCGCGAUGCUUUGCGGAAGUACGUUCGACAACGGUACAGUUCGAGAGGUCAGAAGUCUUCGUAUUAGAAUUCAUGUAACACUUUGAUAGCACCAUAUUAUUAUUAUUAUCAUCGAGGUGAUUUUGGUAUUUCUGUAGUAGAGAAGUACUGAAUUCGUGGUUGAACGUAUACAUCUUUUUCCCAUUGAACAAAAACGGUGGAAAGACAUCAUCAUGUGAGCCUUUCGGACUGACUCUUGCUUAUAAUUAUGUGGUUAAGACGAAUACGCAAAUUUUCUAGAAUGUUAAUUCCAAAAACGUUCCCCUGAAACCAGACAAAAGUUCUGGUUUUCGUGUUCCUUUGCGUGGACUGAUUGUUCUAUUACACCAGCACGCGCUCCGAUUUCGGUGCUUGUGCCGGACGAUAUUUCUGUUCUACCCGAGCAAAUGUAGCCUGGAGCAUCUGUUUGACCUCGGCCUUGUUUGGUGCAUUCGUCAGGCUCAGGCACUGCUUUGCCGACGAUCCCUUGUUUGUUCGCAUCAACACUGCCUCGGGAUAGGAGUCGACAAUGGCCUUGAUGACGCCCAUCUUCGCGCCAACGCCACAGGCCACGUGCAGUGGCGUCCAGCCACGUUUGUCGAAUCCCCUCGCACUGUUCGGUCUUUUCGUGAGAAUACAAUCUACAAUGGCUGGGCUAGCGCCAUUGGAUAAAGCAUAGUGUACUGCGUUGCAUUUUUAAUUUUUUUGACGUCGACGAAAAGAAAGGGAAAUCGAAGAGUAUCGGUGAGUGCGCAUAGCGGUGUAAACAUUGUGCGAAUUUUGCUCGACCAAUCCAGAGGUGGGUAUUGUUCAAACCUUUCCACCCAUGGACUCUCCUGAUCGACUCGAGACGAUUAUUUUCCUGUGCCGUAACAGCCUUGGCUUCUGAAGACAAAAAAGGAUGUGGCACUCACGAAUCUGUUCAAAACGAACACAUCGUUAUUGUCAAACAUUUUCAUUACAGACCCAAGUGCGAUGCGUUCGUAGAUCUGCGAUAAAAAUUGAAAACUUACACGGCAAUCUCCCGAGACUGUCGGGCGUCAGUGCAGCGUCGGCGUACCUCCGCAACAAGAGAUCGACAACUUCCGGAACGGCGUUCUUUCGGCAGGCGCAGUGCAGGGGUAGUCUCUGGUAGCUACUCUCCUUGCAAUACACAGAAUCGGGGUAUGCAUUCAGCAGAGCCUCGAUGAUCUGAAAGGGUGCCCCGCCAACGAGCGCCUCGUGAAUGGGAAGAACGUUUGCGUCCUUCAUUCCUUCAAAAAAACCCUGCCGCGUCGUCCAUUUCUUGGCCUCGCUCGGCGACCCCUGGCAGAGCUGGACAACCUUGUGCCAGUCCUCCGAUGUGAUCAUCUUGCUCAAUAAGCUCGGCUUCAUUUUAAAACUUCUCGUUUGUUCGAUGGCAAAUGUAUAGUGCGCUGCGUCGUUUGUUCGGAUGAAUCGCUCAACAGUAUGUAUUGUGCCUCUUUUUGUCGCCGAGUCCGAUUUCAAAUCAGGACGACUGGUCCCCUGCCCGAUGAAUUCUCGCUUUCUUCCUUGUCUGGAGGAUAACUCUUACUUCCGAUUGAUUGAGAAAGCCAAUCUGUUUCUGUAGCGUCAAUUAUUGUUUUCGUACUUGUUGGCGAUGGAAUAAGGCAUUGAGUCUCCA